AUGCAGGCCCCCAGCGACGACGACGUUGCCCGCCAAGAAGCCUUUAAGCGACGGGUGGAGGCACAUGCGCAAUGGAAGCGGAACUUUUUUCAGAGCCGACCGCCGCCGCUGUUCAUUCCCAAAUGUCGUCGUCGUCGUCGCGAGCGCAUCGCUGGUGCCCCUGUGCAUGCCUUGUAUAAGCGGGCCCUGCAGCUCGUGAGCGCUGAGGCAGGGCGCUCGUCGCCCGCUUUGUCGCCCCUGCGGCAGUCACGACGGAGGUGGCGGAGCCGCAGAGCAAAAAAGAGGCGUGGCAGGAGAGGAUGA